AUGGCUGCCAUUGGCACGGAUGGUAGUGGAAUUCAGCAGCAUCGCUGGAAUGGACUUAUUGCACCAUCGUACCGUGUUCCAUCGCCUUUUAACCGUAAUAUAACUUUAUCCCAGUUGGAUUUUCUAUUACGACACAUAUCUGGAAAUUCAACAAGAUCGAAGAAUGGUACACCAGGAAAUUCUUUUUCUGGCCGUUCCAUGAUAGAUGACCAAUGGCGUUUUUAUCCAAUUUCUCCACCACCGGUUGAUGUGCGUCGUUUUGACGAUGGAAAUGUGAAAAAAGGUUUGCCUAAAUCUCGGAGCAAUCCUAGGAUUAAUCCUCGAUUUGUCAGAUUUAAAAUUGUUGACAUCGAAAGCCUCACACAUAAUGAGGGAUCAAAUAAACAUUCAUUUAACAAUACGUACGAUCUAUUUGGAAAUGCAUCUGAUAUUGACCAGACUAGUAGGACGGGUCCGUAUUGGUUCGGUAUCCGAAAGUUAAUUGGAUCCAAAUUAGGAAUAGGAAGGAUAUUUGGAUACACGAGUUACCCCACUUACGUCGCAGGGCCGCCAGGUCCACCUGGGCUGCCUGGACCCCCUGGUCCAACAGGAGUAGGAAUACCUGGUAUACCUGGUGUGCCAGGGGUGCCUGGUGCGGCAGGGGCAGCAGGUGCGGCCGGAGCUCCUGGACCCACGGGUGCAACUGGCCCGGCUGGUACAUCAGGAGCAGCCGGUCCUACUGGAGCAAAUGGGCCACCAGGAGCUCCUGGUCCAACAGGUGCAACUGGUCCGGCUGGUACUUCUGGUGCUGCUGGUCCUCCUGGUCCAUCUGGCUCAGUGGGUGCAGCAGGAGCAACAGGCCCAACUGGUCCAACGGGCCCAACAGGUCCUUCUGGUUCUAGUGGUCCUCCCGGUUCAUCCGGAGCCAUUGGUGCCCCAGGAGCGCCCGGUGCAGCCGGUGCAUCUGGCCCUCCCGGUGCCACGGGUCCAGCAGGUUCAUCUGGUGCUACAGGCCCAACCGGACCAUCAGGUUCAGCUGGCCCAACCGGCCCACCUGGUCAAGUUGGUGCAGCUGGAGCACCAGGAGCGGCCGGAGCAGCCGGUGCAACGGGUUCUCCUGGACCUCCAGGCCCUACAGGCGCUGCUGGAGCAGCCGGAGCAGCUGGAGCAGCAGGCGCAGGUGGUGCGGCUGGUGCAACAGGUCCGCCCGGUCCUCCUGGACCAGCAGGAGCACCAGGACCACCUGGAGUAUUCGCCGAUUUCGUCGCAGAUUCUCUGCAUAAAAUUUCGCACGGGCAAAAGAAGAAAGUUGCAGAUAAACCAGGCCAUCUGGAACAAAAGACGGUUGAAUCGGUGCAAUCGUACGUUAAUGUACAGCCAGAAUCACAAACGAUAGGGCAACAAGAGAAGACAAUAGAACAUUUCGCUGGAGAACAGUCAGCGGAUGACGGACAUUUAGAACUGGAGCACCAGGUGGAAGCAGUGAUUUCCGUGCGACCGGAUGAAAAAACAGAAUCGUUUCAGUGGAUACUGGAACACGACAAGAAUCCAAUUAAGCUGGUCAUUUCACUGCACAAAGACAAGCCAAUUGAGGCUCAGCAUUCAGAGGAUACAACUCAACAAUUUGGGUUGAGGCAAUCCGGAGAACAUCCAAGUUCGGUCAAAUUAGAAGAUGUGAAGCAAAAUGCAAUGCCGGUCGAAUUGAAACGGCCAAAUUUGGAGAAGUCAGGUGGGUUAACAACUCAAAGACCCGUCCAGUCCGGCCAAAAGACAGAGGAAAUAGGAAAUAUAAAGCAGAAACCGAUAGAGUUGAUGCAGCUGAGAGAAAAAGUGCAAUCGUACGAUAUCCUCCAGCCGGAGCAUAUAUUGGAAUUGAUUGAAUGGAUGCAGCGACAGCAUGGUUCAGAACCAGAUGAACCGAUCGAAAAGGUCAGGGCCGUCGGACCUCCAUUGAUGGAUUCCGUACAGACGAGAGAAAAAGAGGAAACAUCAGAACGGGUGAGGCACAAAGAGAACUCAAAUGGACCUGGAACGUUGGGGCAAAAGGCGGAGCCAGCUGAGCCGAUAGGGACCGAACAACCAAGUUUGAUACCUGUUCAAUUACCGCAAGGUGAACAAGACAAAUCAGAGGCCGUACAGCCGAAUCAAACGUUAGCGGGAAUCGAACAGAACCAGCAGAAGUUUGUUGCGAUUCUUAAUCCAGUAAAGCCUGAAGUGUUAGAUGAAUCAUCAGUGCCGUUAGUGCAAAUUAUGGAACAAUUAGGAUCAUUUGCAGAAGAUGGAAAUGUCAAUGGAAUUCAACCGAUGUUGGUGCAAGUGGAGAAUCCCGAUGAAUCAAAGAAACCAGGACAACAAGAAGAGUUGGGAAAUAGGGUCGAAUCAUUUGAAUCGAUUCAAGUGGAUCAAAAAGUUAAACAAAUUGAAAAUGUCCAACAGCCGGACGAGAACAAGUUGCCUAUUGAAUCGACAUGGCAGAAAAAUGUCGAAUUUGAAACGCUACAGCCAGAAACUAGUACGGAAUUCACAGGAGCGUUCCUUCUAGAUCAAAGGCUACAACCAGUUGAACCAACACAAUCAGAGAAAGAGGUCGUUAACCUUGAAGAAAAGCUGCUUGAUGAAAAAUCGAUGCAAGUUGAACAGGAACAUCGAGUGACACCACAUCAAUCGUCGUACAAGGAACCAUUCGAGACUCUCCAUCAGGAUCCAGAAAAACAGCAUAUAGAAUGGCAACUGAUGAAAGAACAACCGCCUAAAUCCUUGUCCCCUGAUGAAAAUGCAAAAGAGUUUGAAUCGAUGGGAAAAAAGCCAAUAGAGUCACAGGAGUCAACUGACCGGACUAACUCUGAAUGGAUGCAAUCAGAGAAAAAUGGCGAACAAACUGCACCUCCAGUGUCAAAGGAAAAUGAAUGGAUCUUUCCCACAGAUAUGACUCACGAAGAGACUCCAGUUGUACAAGAAGAUGAGCAGCUGCCGGUCAUUGUCCAGUGGGAUCUCAAAGAGAUGGUACUCGAGCCAACUCCAUUGGUUCGAGACGAGGAGCUAAUUGACCAGACAAAACAGCAGACAAAAGAGAAAAUAACUGAAAGUUUAAAUCAACCGCAGAACAAAGAACCAGUUGAACUGAUUCGUUCAACAGUGGAAACACCUGAAUUCCACCAGUCCAGCCAUAACGGCACAUUAGUCGUCCCAGCACUCGUUCAAAACGAAAACCUAUCCGAAUCGAUCCAGACGGAGAAAAUCGAGUUGCUAAAACCGGAGCAUUUUGAAAUUUCAGAAAUCAAAAACACGUCAACACAGUUGGUAGAGUCAGAGAGAAAACCUUUAGGAUGGCUGGAAGCAGAGCUGAUGAAGACACCCGUUGAAACUGUGCAUCCAACGGAGCGAGACGAAACAAAAGCUGUGCCCAUUGAGUUGAUGCAAUUAGAAGAAAAGGUGAAUCAGUCGAAUACGUCUGUACGCGGAUACAAGAAGAAACCAAGCGCAUCAGUCAAGCAGGUAAAAAAGGAUGACGGACUUCAAACUGAGCACGUCCCCGUUAAUAGUGAUCUUUUGAUAGAGGGAACCGGGCAAAUGGGACACGAACUCGAUGAAGAGAUUACAUGGAUAAUGCAAAUUUUGUCAGACGAUGACUCGCAUGAAACGCAACAGAAGACGGCCUACAUGUCAGAACCUGCCAGUGUAACCACUCAAUCCGCAAUCCAUCCAGAGAUUCAUGAGGCAUCAACUAGUGACUCUAAGGACGGAUUAGAAGAAUCGCCUGAUAUACUGCGUCAAUUUUAUUCGUCCUAUAUUCGUCCAAUCCGGAAGAGUGAAUCGGCCGUCACAGACGUUCGAUGAUGCCACAAAAAUGUGUGUAAACUUGGUGACAAACGUGUGGAAUCAAACUGAGGAUUCUACAGAUAUUAUCUUUUCUUAAUGCUCAGUGUACAAAUGUGUCUGCAUAAUAUAAAUGACCUUAAUAGAAAUUCCGAAUGAUUUAUGUCUACCAGAUGUGCAA